AUGGCGGCCAACGGAGCUCUUGCUCUUACUGUUCUUGUUAUUGUGCUGCUAGUCUCAGUAGGCGUUGCGAAGGCCAGGCCAGUGAGAAGCAACCUGGGCCUGACCAUUGGUGCCGGUGGAGGCCUCGGCAUUGGGCUUGAUCUUGGGCCAGGUGGCUCUGGGUCAGCAUCUAGCUCGGGCCAGGGAUCGGGUUACGGUGCCUGGUCCGGACCAAAUGGUGGUUCAUAUACCGCAUCUGGGCACGGGUCCGACACGAGCUCUGGGUAUGGUUAUGGCUCAGGCUCUACCUACGGAGCUGGGAAUGCGGGCUCAGCAUCUGGUUGUGGAUCGGGCACUUCAUCGUGCUCAGGCUCAGGGUCUAGUUUGGGCUCGGGGUCUGUGGGCUUAGGCACAUCGAUCAACGUCGGUGUCGGUGUUGGAGUUGGUGCAAAUGGUGGGUCAGAUUGUAACACCGGUUCUGGUGGCUCUGGUUCUAGCACGGGCUUGGGCUCUGGGUCUAAUGGAGGCUCGUACCGUUCACGUGGACGCGGGUCUUCCGGUGUUGGUAUGGGUUUGGGCUCAGGAAUUGGGUUAGGUGGAUCAACUGGGUUCAGCGGUGGGCCUAAUGUUGGGCCAAGUGGUGGGUGUUCAAGUUGUGGGUCAGGGCCUAGGUCCGGUUCAGGCGGUGUUGGUGGUUCGUACUCGGGAUCAUUCGGUGGAUCUGGCUCAUCGGCGAACUCUGGCUCUGGUUCUGGUUUGAGCACAGGCUCAGGCUUCGGUGCUUCUGGUUCUGGUUCUAGCUCUACGGCUGGAUCAGGCUCGUCAUCUGGAUCUGCCGGGAUGUCCUACGGCUCCUCAUCAGGUUAA